CAUCGUUCUUAACAAUCAUCCAUAGAAUCUAUAAUCCCAUCCCUUCCAUCACAAUUUGUGAACCAAUGCCACUCGAGCUCCUACCUGCCACGGCAGCGGAUGCCAGGCUUGCAAUACAGAUCCGUAAAGCUGCAUACGACAAGAAUCCUUUCUUGCGCAUCUUGUUCCCUGUACCACCUUCGCCAGAAGCCAUUGAAUUCGUAGCUCAAGAUCUGGAAUGGAAGCUGGCUCGUGAGAACAGCAAUUGCCGAGCGUACAAAGUGGUCGACACUGAUAUCGAAGACGCUGAGCAGACCAUGAUCGCAUUCGCAAAGUGGGACAUUAAUAACCCCAAACCGGAACAACCACCAAAAAGUACUGGCAAUCACGGAUACGGGCCAGGGAGUAAUGACGCAGCGUGUCGACUAGUAUUCGACAGUCUGCAGGAGAGGCGAGACCGGAUUAUUGGGGAUAGACCACACGUCUACCUCGAUACGCUUUACACUGACCCAUUGCAACAGAAGCGUGGAGCUGGGGGCUUGCUGGUGAAGCAAUGUCUGGAGGAGGCCAAGGCGCUUGGAAUACCUACGUGGGUGGAAUCGAGCGAGGCGGCGCAUAAGUUGUAUCUAAAGUGUGGAUUUAGAGAUGUUGAUUUGCAUGCCGUAGAUUUGAGCCAGUGGGAUGCGCCCGACUUGCAUCAGACUUGGUUGAUGAUCAGGGAGUUGUGAGUUGCCCGUGUCCUCAUAAGUGCAUUGUUGUUAAUAUGCACACAUCGAAAUGAUACAUGGAAAUGAUGCUCGAGC